AGACAGGACAAUAGAUAGGAAAUGUUGAAGUCACUUCUUAACCAAGCAAAUUCUUCAGUCCCUCCAUUUCUAGGCUGCUUUUACCCUUUACAUCAAAACAGAGCAGCUUCCUUCCCCUUACCUCCUCCUUCUUCUUCUUCACCUUACCUUAGAUUUAUUUAACAUUCAAUCAAUCCCGACACUGUAAGGAGAGAUGUCGGCGGCAUUUUCUUGGGACCCACCCCCACAUUCCAAACAAACCAGCCACAGCCCUCCCCUCCUUCCCUCUGAGCUCGCUCUCCGCUCAGCUGUCUCUCGUUUCCCUCAGUAGAGGUGCUUCAGAUUAUGCCCCUUUGAAUCUCUUUACACUCUCCCUCUCUCUUAUCUCAUCUCUCGCUAUGGACUCUGUAACUCGUCUUGACUAUGCCCUGUUCCAGCUCACUCCCACAAGAACCAGGUGUGAUCUUGUGAUAUUUUCGGGAAAGGCGAAUGAGAAGCUGGCGUCGGGUCUGUUGGAACCUUUCCUGUCGCAUCUUAAGUGUGCCAAAGAUCAGAUUUCUAAAGGAGGAUACUCCAUCACUCUGAGAUCGGAUGCUCCCUGGUUCACAAAAGCCACUCUGGAAAGAUUCGUGAGAUUUGUCAGCACGCCCGAAGUUCUUGAGAGAUUCGUCACACUAGAGAGGGAGAUUGCACAAAUAGAGAAAUCCAUCCAAUCAAAUGAACUACCCAACAAUGAUGCAGCGGCUGAUCCAGAAGGAAAGUCGAUGCUUGGUGAAGGAAGCUCUAAAAAGUCGAGUACGUUCUCGUUUCCUAAGGAUGGAUCAGCAGAUUCGGACAAUGUCUUGGAAGAAAAUUCCAAGGUUCGUCUUCAACGUGUCCUGGAGACUCGAAGAGCAGUGCUCCAUAAGGAGCAGGCAAUGGCUUAUGCCCGUGCCCUAGUUGCUGGUUUCGAACUGGACUAUAUAGAUGACCUUAUAUCCUUUGCUGAUGCCUUUGGGGCAUAUCGUCUGAGGGAAGCGUGCGUGAAUUUCAUUAAUCUAUGCCAAGAGAAGAGCGAGGAUCGGCUUUGGAUCGAUGAAAUAGCGGCAAUGAAGGCAUUCUCUAGGCCUGACUUGCCAUACCUUGGAACCUCCGGAAUUAUUCUUGCCGGUGAGGAUAAUGAUCGUGGUAGUCAGAUGAUGAAUCUUCAGGAUGGCGGGCCCUCACUUGGGCAACGUAAUGGCUCAAUGGAUACGUCGAUUACUGACUCAACUAUGAGUCAUGGAAGUUUCGAUGCUAGUCAGGUUCCAACUGUACCAACAGAUGGGAGGGCUCAAAUGCCUUUUACAUGGCCUAAUCAUCUUCCACAGUACAUGAACAAUUUCCAAGGUCCGAUCUUCCCGCAAGUUCCCCCUUAUCAACAGGGUUACCCUUUCCCGGGUGUGCAGGUUCCGUCCUCCCACUAUCUGAGAUGGCCUCCAAAUUUAGACUCCGAUGCUCAAAGUUAUAAGUCGUCUUCAAGGAGCAAAAAGAAACAUUCGCACGAAAAGUUCUCAAAAACUUUGGAAGAAGAGGAGGAAGAGGAAGAGGAGGGAUCAUCCACCGAGGCAAGUGACUCAAGCAGAUUGAACAGGAAUGUACAGAAUGGGAAAAAACAUGGGAAAAAGUCUUCGAGGAAGGUCGUUAUUCGGAACAUAAACUACAUUGCCUCGGAGAGAGAUGUAGGAGAAAAGAUCGGUUCUUCUGAAGGAAGCUCAUCUGAUGAUGACGAUUUUAAGCAUCAGGUGGAGAAGGCCGUGGAAUCAUUGCAUAGCAGACGAAAAAGCUCAUCAUCUUCAAAUCACCAAAAGAAACGAGAGAGUAAACAUCACAGACAUGAGGGUGAAAUGGCUGGCGAGGAUAAUAAGACUGGCCGUGCAAAUAAUUCUGAAGCAGAGAUAAAGAGUAGCCCCUGGGAUGCUUUUCAGAGCCUGCUGAUGAGAGAUGAAGAGCCUGCAAAGUUUCAAGAGGAAAAACUUGUGCAGGAGAAGUCCAAAGGGGGAAGCUUGUUUGCUCAUGAAGUCGAGUCUGGAAUUCUGAAACCACCGGCUGUUUCUGAUGAUUCCUUCAUCAUUAGAGAGAAUGAUGUUGGUGCUGUUGGAUCAGCUGAAGUGGAGGAGUUAGGAGCCAGUCAAAGUGACCGUCCAAUUGUGAAGAAAAGGGGCAGCGAGCUCGAGGAUUCAUUAUUUGUGAACAGAGUUGAAGGGUCAGGAACUUUUUAUAGUCCUUCGUCAGAUUUUGCUGCUGUAGCUUCUUCGACAGUCAAGGUCCAAAGGGAGGGAGAUUGGUUCAUCCGCAGUCAAGCAAAUGACUCGGCAAAUAGGGGAGAGAGUUUUGACCUCAGACCGGUAUUUGCCGACUCGUCAUUUGGUGGAGGCAUUUCGCAAGUUGAUAUGAAGAGGGAUAAGUUUCUAGCUGAUGACUCUUUCAUGAUCAAAGGUCGGGCAGCAUCUGGUGAUCAGGAAUCAGGUUCCCGCCUGAUGGCAGAUAUAAGCAUCGUUCCAGAGAUUGUCGAAACGAAAAAUACCCAGAAGGAAUCACAUGAAAGGAACUUUGAGCCAGAUGAUCUUUACAUGAUGCUGGAUCGAAACGUUGACAUGGAGUCUGCUGGGGCAACAUGGACCCCAGAAAUGGUUUAUGAGAACAACGUUCCUUUGAAUGAUGUCAGCAGAAGGCAAUCUGAUGUUGAAACUGUAGAUGGCGAUGAGACUAAGUUGCCUCCGAACGGUAUGAGGGAAAAAAGUGGUAAGAUCUCAACCAAAGAAGGGAAGUCUAAGCCUGUGAAUGCUUUUCUCGGGAGAAACAGGCUUGACAUGACGUCGAGGACCAAGAAACCAACUUCAGGAAGUCGAGUUCCUGCUCCAAAGAACAAAGCUGAGAAGGAUGAAGAGAAUAGGAGGAGAAAGGAGGAGUUGCUGAUUCAGCGGCAGAAAAGAAUUGCCGAGAGAAGCGCAAAUAAUGGACGUAAGCCCGUAGCACCGAAGAAGAGCUCAAGUGAGAACAAACUGUCGAAAACUUCCACAGAGCAUAUAAGGCCGACAAAACUGUCACCAAGUCAGGAGGCUCAGAAGCCGCCUAAACCAGUCCUCAGGAACUCCACCAUUGAACGUCUCUCAGCUGCAAGGAACACCAAAAAGGUCUCCUCGACGGACUUGAAAUCAGCUGAGCCCAUUAGAGCAACAUCAAAGGCAAGUAAGACUUCAACUGACGAUGAUAAGAAGCUAAGUUCAAAGAAAACUGAACCUCCAAAGAAGAAAGUUGGGCCUCAAAGUACAGGUGGUGCAAGUCAGUCUAAGCCCGAAGUGCAAGCAAAGAAUAAAAGCUUGGAAGCUGUGGAUGUCUCAGUAACUCAUCCUGCUCCUCCCUCCGAGGAGGACUUCAAGGAUAUUAAAGUGUUAGAGAGCACUCCGAUCGAAGAUAAUGGAGGAACAACUGAGCAGGUUGCUCCGAAAGACACUUUGGAUAAUGGAAGCAGCAAUGUGAAUGUACCAGAAACCAAUUCAACCCUGCCCGUUGUUCAUAAAAAGGCAAAAUCGGUUCAGUUUAAAACUGAUCCAGAGGUCACAUUUAUGCCAUCCCCAAUGCCCGAUGUUCAGAGUGAGUAUGUUCAAGAAGUGACUUUGCACUCGGUGCCAUCUCCGGAAAAUUUGUCUUUGGAAUAUUCCGCCACUUGCGGUGAAGGAGCUACUGAAGCUGCCAUCCCACAAAUUUCUGGGACCGAAAUAGAAGUCUCAACUCCUCCGCCCAGCGACGAGAUGACCCUAGAAGAACCAGUUCACUCGAGGAAGAAAUGGAACAGUGAAGAGAAGUCCCCCAAGACCACCAAAGGUUUCAGGAAGCUGCUUUCAUUCGGACGGAAAAGCUUGAUUUCCUUGAAAACUUGAAUGGUGUGGUCCGUCUUUCCCAGGUUGAUUGCAUGAUCAUUUUGGUAUUUCAUGACGAAGACUGUGUUGUUGAAUUGUAGAUAGUUUCUCAUACGGCAUAUUAAUAAGGCUUUCAGGUUUUGCUGCCAUACGAAGGUUUCUUGCUAUAAUUUAAUGUGUUCUGAGAUGACAGUAGAGGAUGCGAGGAAAUUCUUAGCAGUGAUAUAUGUGGAAAAAAAAAAAUUCUUUGAGAUUGUUUGCAAUAUUAAUGAAGGAUCCCGCUUGUGCUCGUUGCAAUGAUA